AUGGUUAAUAAUAAGCGUACGUUUACGGCACCCCAAAGCUUACUUGAAUCAAAUCUUACCUUUCCGAAUGAUGAACCUUCACUUACUACAGUUACUGUCACACGAGAAAGAUGUAUUGAUCCAAGCUUGAUAGAUUCAUUUUUGAGGUUUUUAAGACAUGGAAGUGAUGAUAUAAUCAGACAAAAAUUAAACAACUAUAGGAAAGGCUCUGAAAAUGGAAAAGAAAAGUGUAAAGAAUUUUUGAAACAGGAAUUAUAUCCGAAUUGGCAAAUACGGAGCAAUAUAAUUUCAUUUUGCGAAAAAGAGGCAGCUAAAAUGAAAAAUGAGACCGAUCAACAAUGUAAUAAUAAUGAAAAGAGCGCAGUGGCACCAAUCAUAGACGCAAGGAUUGAUCCUUACGCUGCAAGGGAAAGAGUAGAAGAACAAGAAGCUCGAUAUAAGGAUUGGACGAAAGUGGUCGAUUGGGUGGCGAAUAAUAGAAAAAUAGAACAAAUUUUAACUUCUACAACAGAAGGGAUUUUAAGGCAAAACUGUGAGCAGAAUGAUGACUACUUGAAACAGUUUGCGCAAUUCUGCAAGGAUAACAGCUAA